AGAGCCAACCCAGGCCGUCACCAGGUUUCUUGGCUCCUUUUCUCUCUGCGUUUUCCCCACCCCUAAAAGACUGAUUCCAAACUCAAGAGUUCCGCCACGCUCGACAGAAGGUUUUACCGCGUGAGCAGCGCAGCAGGAAGAGGCUCAGGCGGCCGCAACCGCUGAUUGGCAGCAAAGGGAUUCACUCCCUAUCGCCUGCUCGAACUGAACGAGCGCGGCCAAUCAGAGCGAGGACUGACAAAAGCGACCCAAUCCUGGAGCUGGGCUGAGGGAAGGGGCGGAAACAAAUAGCCCAGGUAGACUUGGGACCGGAGCUGUCCUGGGGGAGCUGGUUUGCGGAUGCUGCCGAUACUGCUGCAGUAGUACUGGGUCGUCAGAUUGUUUUAGUUUAUGAAACAUGAUGUAUCUGGGAGCCAAGCAGAGGAACUAAGAAUACCCAUCAGACAGUUACACCAUGGCUUCCAUUUAGAUGUAUGAUGCAGCUUCUGUAAGUUUGGAAAGAUGUGUCCAGGUGUCUGAGUAGAUUUUGAAUCACUCUUGAGCUGCUUGGGAAUGGAGUGAAGAGACGAAGACAAGUGGAAAGAAUUCUCACUUACAGCAAUACUGUGCUUUGAGGGAUUACUUGAACAGAGGCAGAGCGCCCUCUCUUUGAGGGGAGACAUGAGCCGCUUCCUGAAUGUGUUGCGAAGCUGGCUGGUUAUGGUGUCCAUCAUAGCCAUGGGGAACACGCUCCAGAGCUUCCGAGACCACACUUUUCUCUACGAAAAGCUCUACACUGGCAAGCCAAACCUUGUGAAUGGCCUCCAAGCCCGGACCUUUGGGAUCUGGACGCUGCUCUCAUCAGUGAUUCGCUGCCUCUGUGCCAUUGACAUCCACAACAAAACACUCUAUCACAUCACACUGUGGACAUUCCUCCUUGCCCUGGGACACUUUCUCUCGGAGUUGUUUGUAUUUGGAACAGCAGCUCCCACAGUUGGUGUGCUGGCACCCCUGAUGGUAGCAAGUUUCUCAAUCCUGGGUAUGCUAGUUGGGCUCCGAUACCUAGAAGCAGAACCAGUAUCCAGACAGAAGAAAAGAAAUUGAGACCAGCCGUGCCAGCUCUGAAACAUCAUCGUCUUCCGCCUUUGCUGUCUUCUUUAUUUACCCUCUGUCCUUAAAUCAUUUCUGUUGGCUACGCAUCCUUAGCUCCUUCAUCUAGGUCCAGCAUCUUAAGCUUUUGAGAGGGUUUUUUGUUUUUCGAUUUUGUGAUUUUUUUUUUGUUUUUAAAUUUUUAUAAGGUAUUCAUAAGAAGGUCUGCUUAACAUGCUUGUAUAAUUUAGAGUCAUUUAAAAUACUCUUAGUCCUUCAAGGUCAAGGAAUUCUGAGAAGCCACCUAAUGUGUCCUCCCCUAGCUGUAACCCCUCCAGGCUUCCUUUCCCAGUCCUUUGCUUCUCUCCCUUUCUCUGCAUUCCUUGAUCUGACUUGUGUGGUGGGAACAGAACUGUGAAACCGCAGCUGCUGCCUGCUCAGAGCAGCUGCGAGCAAGGGCUGCGUCAAGGGGCUGAGCACACAUACGGCUGGACCCAGGACUCUGAACCAGCCAGGGCACAGGCAGUUCUUCUGAGAAGGGCUGCCCUUGGGAGCAGGACCAGGCUCCUCUUUUAUCUACAGGCGGAUGAAGGUUGGAAGAGUCUGGGCUCUUUUUAGACCUUUUGGUCAGUUGUAUUUGUGUAAUGCAUUUUAUAAUAAAUAGGGAAACCUUCUAUUCUGA